AAUUUCCGAAAGGUCUAGUUAUUCCAGAGGCCAUCGCAGUUGAUCUUGAAAAGAAUCAAUUUGCAUUCUCCUUAUGCGCCGCGGCGUUAGUUACUGUUCAGUGUAAUGCAAAAGCCAGUGCAUGGGAUUUUAUCGGACCUGUGGGAAUCCUUGUCAACGACUGUCAAGACAUGGCAAAUGUUAUUGAUAAUCCUCUCUUCAUCACGGCAGUUUCACUUGAUGUCCCCCAAGUUUGGUUCAGAUCUGCACUUUUGCCGUCCGAUACUUCGUCAGCCGUUUUUGAGUUGGAAGCCGUUGUUCCUGCACCAAACGGCAGUAACUGGGUUCGGUCUAGAGCAAUCAGCACCAGUGGAAAUGGCGCGUUCUCUGAUGUAACCUACCUUCAAGAAGUCAAUGUCAUUGGAGGAUCAUUACCACCUGCUAGUCAAUUUUUUAUCACCACCUCCUUCUCUCUCCCUUACACAAGACGUCAACAGUCUGAACUGACCAUUAACCCUUUCCUCUUCGAUAUCGUUCCUGGCACCCCCAAGAAUAAUACCGCCGCAGCGUUGAAAGAAGUAUGCAGUAAUUUGUCGACCGCACUAAGUAAGAAAUUGGCGGAUUGCGAAGGUGCGAAAAAGGGAACUGAUGUAUGUAACAAACUUAACGGAAGCCCAAUUAAUCAAGACGCUGUUACAAAGAACGGUAAACAAUGUGAAGCUCACACGAUAAAGAAUGGUGCAUUCAAUCCUAAUAUUUUUGAUAAUGCAUUAUUACCUAUCACUCAAAACGGUAAUACCUUUACCGUUGGAAAAGAAUCAUUUCAAACUUUAUCGGACGCUGUAAUUGGAGCAUGUAAGGAACAACGACAACGAAACCUUGCAACACUUGAUGAAUGCGCAAAGAACGCUGCUAAUGCUGCGAAAUGUAAUAAGUUGGAUGGAACACAAGUUACUAGGGAAGAAGUCAAUUUGCAUAACAGUUAA